AUGUUAUUGGAUAAUUCUCUCUUUGAAGUCAAGAAUAAAUCAGAUUUAGAAUUUAAUUUGAGACUAACUGUUAAUGAUGAACUUAUGGAUAAAAAAUACGUAUAUUUGAAAGAUAGUGUUCAUAUGCAAAUUGAUGACUUAUUAGAAUUUUGUAUAGUUUAG